UUGGACAGAUCUGGAGAAACCAGGCUUUGAAUGACAGACAUCGUAUAAGACAGCUGUUGCCAAACAGAAAAUGCAGAUGCCGCUUCAAGUACCAAGUUGAGCGAGUGUGUGCACGUGUACCAGAUGUAUGUAUAUUUGCAUGAGUUUCCACAGCCCGGUGGACUUAUUCUUUCAUACAAAAAGUUUUGCAAUUGCUGAAAAUUAAAUUAAGAAUCAGAUGGAGCAACUUGACAGCACAGGGAUCACAAGUCUAUGGAAAGACACCUGCCACUAAUGGUCAGCUUGCUACAUGGUCUACACAGGUGAAGAACGUUUGCAAGAAGAAGAAAAAAUACAUUGUGCACAGAACAAGCCUAAUACAUACCUCUGGAAUCUAAAGAAGUAAUUGAGAGGAGAACAGAAGAAGACAGAUAGAAAAAGAAACUGACUUUUGUAUUGCAAAUGGAAUAAUGUACUGUCUGGCACAUUUUUUGCAUUGGACUCAGUAAACUAUAAUUGGGUUUAAUGUACUGGAUUAAUAAAUAGUGACCAUUUUAUUGUGUAGUGAUGACUGGAAGAAAGCAAGUUCAGGAACUGUGGUACAAGUCUGGGCAUUGAAAUGCAAACUUUGUUUUCUGUAUGGAGUUAACUGGGUCCUCAAACUUGCUUAUUCUUUUGCCCCUUCCUUUUUAUCUUACUGCUUAGUAUGGUAUAAGUAUUAAUCAAUCAAGCUUGCAAACAUUAUUCAAAUAAAAUAAUUGGAACACUUUAUUACGUUCCUUUCUUGUACAGCUGCAAAUGUAGGGUUUGGAACUAUGAAUCUGUGCUCUAGGCAAGAAUCAAGAAGGAAAGAGCAUAUCGAGCAAGUAAGGAAAUUAUCGAAGGAGACAGUAAAACCAAGAAGUCAGAUUUUCAGUGCUGCUUCUCUUUCUUUUUUAGUUGAUUUAUAUUUUGUCCUCCCUUGAAUCCUAGAAGAUUUGCAAAGAGUGCUUAUUUGAUGAGCUUUAAUUCUGACACCUGUUUUUACAGCAGGAUGGAAAAUCUAUGACGCUUCUUUUUUUGGUAGUAGGAAAAAGGGAAAAGUAAAGGAAAAAACAGCUUGCUGCAUAGUCCUGUUCCAGAGGAGAGAGAACUUCACGGUUCACCUGAGGCAAACUUCACUGCUUUAAAAGCUAAAAGCUUUCGAACAUUUUUGAAUCUGUUAAAUGAAAAGGGGUUUUCUUUUUCAUUCCUGUGUGGCAGUGAGAAGUGGGAAAGCAGGCAAGAUAGCAUGAUAAACAGUGCAGGCUGCACUUAGUCUCUGGCGGACAAAAGAGCUACAAUGAAAAUGGGACUGGCUUUGGAUUGCAAAAAUCAUUGAGUCCAACAAACAGUUCAGUAGCAAGAGGGAGUUUCCCAUUUGGCCUGGCAAGCUGGUGCCUGUACAAGUGUGGUGUCUGUUGUUUCGUAUGGUCUGUGUGCCUUUUUCCCUUUAUGCAAUCUCUUUCAGCUUUAGCAGCAGAAAUACAUCAGGUGGGGAGGAUAUGCCAGAGGGCAGCUUGGAGACGAGGAAUGUCGUAUCUAUACAUAUGUACGUAUGUGCGCAUGUUUAAAUUUCUGCGACUGAACUUUUGAAGAAAAUCUGACUGGAGGAAAUCUUAAAGCCUUAAGUUACUUGAAUCCUACACAUUUGCAACUCUUCGUCUCUGGAAUUGCAUUACACUAAACUGGAAUCUCAGGCUGUAUAAAGAUUAUAUCAAGUUGAGCAAAAAGACGACUUACCGUUUCUUGAACGCCUCUUAUGAAGUAGCUGUUUCUCCAAAGGAAAAGUGCACCCUCUCUCUAAUGACUCAAAGACAAAAUGAACCUGAAUUUUUUUUUAAGUGUUACUUUUUCUUAGCCAACUGCCAUCAUCUUUUAUAGAGGAAUUUUUCACUAUGCAUUUGGUGGAUAUUUAUAAACACUGACCCUCCUCUCUCCUGCAAUGGUCUAUCCCAGGUCAGUCUUAUAAAUAAAUUGAUUUAAAUUUUUGUGCACUAGACAUACUGCUUUCUUAUGUCAAAAAAUAAAAAACAAAAAAAACCAUGUAUGCAGCAGUGGAACAUGGGCCUGUUCUGUGCAGUGACUCCAACAUCCUGUGUCUCUCCUGGAAGGGUAGAGUUCCUAAAAGUGAGAAGGAGAAACCGGUGUGCAGAAGGCGGUAUUAUGAGGAGGGCUGGUUGGCCACAGGCAACGGCCGAGGAGUUGUAGGGGUGACGUUUACCUCCAGCCACUGUAGGAGAGACCGGAACACCCCUCAGAGGAUCAACUUCAAUUUAAGGGGCCACAACAGUGAGGUUGUGUUGGUGAGAUGGAAUGAGCCAUUCCAGAAACUGGCAACCUGUGAUGCAGAUGGAGGAAUAUUUGUUUGGAUUCAGUAUGAAGGCAGAUGGUCUGUGGAACUUGUAAAUGACCGGGGGGCACAGGUGAGCGACUUUACUUGGAGCCAUGAUGGGACUCAAGCACUAAUUUCCUAUAGAGAUGGAUUUGUGCUGGUUGGUUCAGUCAGUGGACAGAGACACUGGUCAUCAGAGAUAAAUUUGGAGAGUCAGAUCACCUGUGGUAUAUGGACUCCUGAUGAUCAGCAGGUCCUUUUUGGCACCGCCGAUGGUCAGGUUAUCGUCAUGGACUGCCAUGGCCGCAUGCUGGCACACGUCCUUCUGCACGAGUCAGAUGGGAUCCUCAGCAUGUCCUGGAACUACCCCAGCUUCCUGGUGGAAGACAGCAGUGAAAGCGAUACAGAUUCGGAUGACUACUCCCCACCGCAAGAUGGUCCGGCUGCAUAUCCCGUACCAGUGCAGAACACCAAGCCACUACUCACUGUCAGCUUCACGUCAGGAGACAUUAGUUUAAUGAACAACUAUGAUGACUUGUCGCCUACUAUCAUCCGCUCAGGGUUGAAAGAUGUGGUGGUGCAGUGGUGUACACAGGGAGACUUACUGGCUGUUGCGGGCAUGGAAAAGCACAGUCAGCUCACUGAACUUGGCAACGGUUCCAUGCUGAAGAAUGCGCUUGUCAAGUUCUACAACGUUCGUGGGGAACAUAUCUAUACGCUGGAGACACCCGUGCAGCGUCCCAUUAUCUCGAUUUGUUGGGGCCACAGGGACUCGCGCCUGCUCAUGGCUUCCGGCCCUGCACUGUACGUGGUUCGAGUAGAGCACAGGGUCUCCAGUUUGCAGCUUCUGUGCCAGCAGACCAUUGCAAGCUGCCUGCGAGAUGACAAAGAUAUCAGCAAACUGACCUUGCCUCCUCGGCUCUGUUCAUACCUCACCACUGCCUUCACACCAACAAUCAAGCCUCCAAUCCCAGACCCCAACAACAUGAGAGAUUUUGUCAGCUACCCAACAGCUGGCAAUGAGCGGCUGCACUGCACCAUGAAGCGGACAGAGGAUGAUCCUGAGGUCGGAGGUCCAUGCUAUACACUGUACUUGGAAUACCUAGGGGGAUUGGUGCCAAUCUUAAAAGGGCGCCGGAUCAGCAAACUGCGACCAGAAUUUGUCAUCAUGGAUCCUAAGAUGGACGGAAAAGCAGAUGAAAUCUAUGGAAACAGCUUGAUUUCCACUGUGAUUGACAGCUGCAACUGCUCAGACUCCAGCGAUAUUGAAUUGAGUGAUGACUGGGCUGCAAAGAAAUCUCCCAAAAUCAGUCGAGCUAGCAAGUCACCCAAACUCCCCAGAAUUAAUAUAGAAGCCCGCAAAUCUCCAAAAAUGUCACGAGCUGCUCAGGAGAUAUCAAGGUCUCCAAGAUUACCGAUAAGGAAACCUUCUAUUGGUUCACCAAGCCUAACUCGAAGAGAGUUUCCAUUGGAAGAUAUCACUCAGCACAACUACCUUGCUCAGGUUACAUCUAAUAUCUGGGGAACCAAAUUUAAAAUUGUGGGUUUGGCUGCUUUUCUACCAACUAACUUGGGUGCAGUUAUUUAUAAAACCAGCUUACUGCACCUCCAGCCCAGGCAGAUGACUAUUUAUCUCCCAGAAGUACGGAAAAUAUCUAUGGACUACAUUAACCUGCCUGUCUUCAAUCCCAAUGUGUUCAGUGAAGAUGAAGAUGAUUUACCAGUAACUGGAGCUUCUGGAGUCCCUGAGAACAACCCUCCCUGCACUGUGAAUAUCCCUAUUGCUCCUAUUCACAGCUCAGCCCAGGCAAUGUCACCAACUCAGAGCAUUGGGCUGGUCCAGUCCUUGUUGGCCAAUCAGAACGUGCAGUUGGAUGUCUUGACCAAUCAGACAACAGCCGUGGGGACCUCAGACCACACAAGUGAGAGCACAGUGCAGUACCCAGUCCCCAGCAGGUACUCCAACCCAGGACAGGUGAUUUUUGGAGGAGUGGAAAUGAGCCGCAUCAUCCAGGCACCACCUCCACUUCCCCUGCCAUCACAGGGUGCAAUACAGAUGGCUAUAAUGGACCACAGAGAAGGAGACAGAGAUCACGAACAUCUCCAGAAGGCAAAAACUUUACGGCCAGUUCAGCAGCUGGUGGAAGGAGAUGCUGUUGUCUUCAGCACCGCUCAAGAAAUACAGCUGAACAAGAUGAACCCACCCCCUCCAUACCCUGGGACCAUACCAGCAGCACCUACCACCGCACCCCCUCCCCCACCCAUUCCUCCUCCUCAGCCACCGGUGGAUCUCUGCCUGAAGAAGGGGGAUUUUUCCCUGUACCCGGCAGGACAUUAUCAGACCCCUCUUGGCUAUGAGCGAAUAACAACGUUUGAUAGCAGUGGAAAUGUCGAAGAGGUGUGCCGGCCUCGGACAAGGAUGCUGUGCGCGCAGAACACUUACACCUUGCCUGGUCCUGGCAGCUCUGCCACGCUGAGGAUUACAGCAGCAGAGAAGAAGAUGCAGCAGCCCCGCACCAGCGCGACUUUGAACAGGCUCACUGUUCCCCGCUACUCUGUCCCAACUGGGGACCCACCACCUUACCCGGAGAUUGCUGGCCAGCUCUCACAGGGCCGUAGCCUUACCCAGAGGCUGGACAGCAGUCUUAUCCAUGCUACUUUGCGGAGAAACAGCAGAGAGGCAGCUCUGAAAAUGGCCCAGUUGGUCGACAAUCAAAGAGCCACUUUGCAACUUCCCCCCAAGCCCAAGAACAAUGUUGUAACAGCACAGUACCAGCAGAGGGCACCAACAGCUUUAUAUACCUGUAGCCAGUGCAGCAAUGGCAGUGGCAGUAACAGCAGCCCCAACCCAAAUAGUGGUGGUGCUGGGAGCCUCAGCAGUGCCAAUACUAGCAACAUCACUAGUAGCAUUAACAGUAUGAGGCCUGACUUAAGUGCAGCAAGUGGCUCCCAGCACAGCUCUAUCAUUGCUCACUCCAUCAGCACUUCUCCCUUGACCUCCCAGUCCUCCUACAACUUGCUGAGCCCUCCUGACAGUUCUCGUGACCGGACAGAUUAUAUCAACUCUGCCUUCACAGAGGAUGAGACAUUGGCUCAGCACUGCCCUGUGGAAAAAUCGAUAAGGCACGUGCCCGUUGCCUUGACAGAGGCUGCCAUUGUUGUAAAGCGGCCACCCCCAUACCAGUGGGACCCCAUGGUGAGUGAGGACAUAUGGGUUCCUCAAGAAAGGACAGCUCAGAGUUCAGUGCCCAACCCUCUUAAGCCUGCUCCUCUAAUAAUUGGUCAGGCUCAGCAUCUGGACAUGUCUCGAGUGCCAUUCGUUUCCCCUAAGUCUCCAACCAGUCCCACUGCCACUUUCCAGACGAGUUAUGGAGUUGGAGUACCUUACCCAGGAAGCUACGGUGCCCCUCCUCUUCAGGGAAUGCAGCCCCCCUGCUCCCCCAAAGAAGCUCUGGCCCCAACGCAAUUUGCACAACAGGAGCCAGCCGUUGUGCUUCAGCCAGGUUAUCCAUCUAACCUCUCUUAUUGCCCCCUGCCACCCAUGUACCCAGGCGGUAGCACUUGCUCUAGUUUACAGCUUCCACCAGUAGCCUUGCACCCAUGGAAUUCCUACAGCGCAUGCCCACCUGUACCUAAUGCCCAAGGCACGUUGCCCCCUAAGCCACUCCUUGUGGUGGAGAAACCGGUUAUGUCUCCACCACCAGCAGAGCUUCAGGGUCAUGUGGGUACAGAAGUAAUGGUGGAGACAGCGGACACCUUCCAGGAGGUGCUCUCAUUGACAGAAAGCCCUGUCCCUCAAAGGACAGACAAGUUUGGGAAGAAGAACCGGAAACGCCUGGAUAGUCGAGCUGAGGAAGGAAAUGUGCAGGCUAUCACAGAGGGCAAGGUCAAAAAGGAGGCGAGGACACUGACCGACUUCAACUCUCUAAUAUCCAGCCCCAGGCUGGGCAGGGAGAAGAAGAAAGUCAAGAGCCAGAAGGACCAACUGAAGUCAAAGAAGCUGAACAAGACAAAUGAGUUUCAGGACAGCUCAGAGAGUGAGCCAGAGCUUUUUAUCAGUGGAGAUGAACUGAUGAACCAGAGCCAGGGCAGCAAAAAGGGGUGGAAAACCAAAAGGAAUAUGAGGACAGCCAGUGAGCUGGAUGAAUUCAAGUGCCGGAAGGCCAAUGAGAAGGAGGAUGGAAGGCUGGGCAGCCAGGGUUUUGUGUACGUAAUGGCCAACAAGCAGCCCUUGUGGAACGAGGCCACCCAAGUAUACCAACUGGACUUUGGAGGGCGGGUGACCCAGGAGUCUGCAAAAAACUUCCAGAUUGAGCUGGAAGGACGACAGGUAAUGCAGUUUGGAAGGAUUGAUGGCAACGCUUACAUUUUGGACUUUCAGUAUCCGUUUUCUGCAGUGCAGGCCUUUGCAGUUGCUUUGGCAAAUGUGACUCAGCGCCUCAAAUGAAAUGAGCAGAGACUGGAGAGAGGAAAAUGUAAUGAAACCUUUUCAUAUGGCCAAAACCAGAAGACGUCAGGGUGGCCUGUGUUAGGUGCACGGCGGUGCCUGGAAAUAAAGAAGGCAGUGAAACUGGAAGAGUCUCUUGGUGCCCCCCAAAAAGGGCAUUAACUUUAAUCAAUAUUGGGGUGAUGGGUGGGGGCUGUUUUGUUUGGUUGUUUUGUUUUUUUCUUAAACAUCAUGCUGGGGUUUCAGAAAGAGCAAAGGGUUGAGAGCCGUUCAGUGUUAUAUCCGGAAAUGUGGCUUUUGGCUUGUUGUGGUGGUUCUGCCGUGUUUGCUGCAAUAGCUGACGUAAGCUCAUAGGGGGAUUGAAAAAGACUGCUCUUUUUGAUAGACUGCCUUAUACCAUGCUGUUCUUUUUAAAACAGGGAACAUAACUUUUUUCCUGGUCCAGUUUGUACUACUAUUACAUCAAUGAUAGCAGCAAAAAAAAAAGAAAAAAGAAAAGAAGCUAUAAUACUUGAAGACACGUGUUUCUUCUCUGAUCUCUGAUAAUAGCUGAGCACCACAGGUACCAAGGAGGUUUAUGUAGGUCAAUGUUUAAUUUAUUAAUAACAAUGUAUUAUUCAGAAGAGAAACUAAUCUGUUCCCAUUGGGUGGUUUCAAAACCCACUGCAUCAAAAAAGUUGAUGUCUGCUUGUUUUGUGUGCUGUUACUUGGGAUAAACGUGCGUGAUUAGGUGAUGGAAAAUAGGGAAGGAUUGAAUUAUGAGGUGUGCAUCUGUAUUUGUAUUGAACAACAGUAUUCUUCACCUUGGACUAUAGUUGGGUGAGGUACACAGUGUGGCCUGAGGGGAUCUCCUGCAGACUGGGGCUUCACCUGAACCUCACGUAAAUAUGUUUACACUCUAAGAACAAAAUCUUUAACAUAAAUCAAAUGUGCCCAGUGAGUAAAAUUCUUUUAAAUCUGUGUUUAGAUUUCCACAGUUUCACAGCAUUAUAGCAAUGUUUGAAUUGGGAAGGAGACACACAUAUAUGGCAGGUUAGGGGACUGCUCAUCACAGCUGGUUGGAAGAGGGAAGAAAAGAAGAAAGCGUUGAAGAUGACCAUCCCUCCUGGUGCCCUGCUAUUUAAGUAUUUGCAUUAUCAGCUGUAGUCUGUGAGCACUUAACACUCUGAGGCAAAAUGGGAUGCCAAAGUAUGUAUAGAAUAGAUGGGAAUAAGGGAUUUUUUUUUUAUUCAGCUGUAUACAGUCACAUGACUAUUCCUAACUGCAGAUCUCUCUACUAUAAGUCAAAACCCAUGGUACUGCAAGGGAGUUGCUUUACUAGAGAGAGAUUCUGUUUCAUGAAUUUAAUGCUCUUUCUCUACCUUGUUCUCUCUCUCUCCGCUGUUUUGUCCUUUAAUAUGUCUUGAUUUGGAAGUGCUUCCCUGGUAAUACCUGAAAGCCCUAAUCAUUCAUUAAAUAAAUUUCACAUUAAAAUCACAAAAUGUGACAUUACCUGUUACCAGGAAACCCUUUGUGUUUUUCAAACAAAGCUCAGUCAUACAUCGGGACAAAAAUUAAUACAGUGCCAUUUUUUAAAAUAUCUAUAAAGGUCAGAUAGACUUUAUGAGGCUUGGUUCAUUGUAGGGAACGCAUCAUGUAACACAGGGGAACCUGGUGUGGAAAGGGUCCUGCUCCAGGGGGGCUUUGAAACCAGCACAAUCCCUGCAAGAUCCCUGCAUAGGGUAAGGCUGGUUUUGAUAAAAGUACCCAAGGAUUAAGAUCUUUACCUAGGCAUCUCCAGCAGCUUGAUCCAGAAAGCCCCACCAGCAAGAGGCCACCUCUCUUUUCUCAUGGGAAGGAUGAUUGCUUCACCUGGGGGCUCAACAGCCCCUGCUUUUAUGUGGGGAGUAGAUCAAGUCCAGUAUUUCCCUUGGCAUUGAACAGAGUAGGGUGUUCUACUUACUUUUACAAAUUAGGUUUUAUUGAAAUUCCAUCAAUGAUCUGCAUCUAGUUGCAUUACAAAGGAGUCUCCUUCAUCUCUGAAUUUACUGAUGGCAUAUUGGAGUGACAGCUUCAAGGAUGAGUAGGAAUGGGAGAGGUCAUGGAGGGAAACAAGGGGCUUGGUCCUGCUCACUCUGAAAUCAGUGGGACUUUUGUCAUUGACUUGGAAGCAGGGAUUGGGGCCAAUGUCUGUAUAGAGUUAGGUGCUGUGAAAACAAUAGGCCCAAUCCUCACUCACAUGACUUCAGUGGCACUGCUUGUAGGAGAAGAGUGAUGGGUUUGACCCACUUGCCCUUCUAAACAGCAUUCCUCAUAGCACCAGCUAAUCCCAUCAGCAAAACACAGACAGUGCUGGAGUGCAGAGAAGCAUGCACUGAACACCUUGAGGCCAAAAGCAUAUUACUUCCUUCCUAGAGGAGGAGAGUUAAGGGAAUAUUCAUCCUAAAGGGACAUUGUCAACCAGUUUUUGGCCAAGAAUUUAUAUUUCAUAAAGCAAUGUGUUUGUGUUCAUGAUCAUGUCUCCAUGUGUAGGAGUGCUUGCUUAACAAGGCCAGUCUCAACAGAAGUAUUUUAAUAGCACUGCUUUCUUUAUCUUUCCAGGCAAGUUUGACAAUUUGAUUAUGUACAUUCAUUUGAUCAAUUUAAUUAUGAUCCAGAUUAACAGCAGCAUCACACUUAUGUAGGCAAACCAGAAAAUGAAGUCAAUUAAACCAAAAGAAAAAGCUGCCAGUCUAGUCUCAUUUUGCCAAACUGUGAUUGUUUGGUUCUGGUAGCACUUACACUAUGGCAGGUGCUUUUCAUACAGAGGAGGAAGUCCAAUCCCUGCUCCCCCCAAAAAGCACAAGAGAUAAACAAUAUUAAUGGUAAGAAGUUAUCUACAAAAUUAUUUCUGUGAUAAACUUACGUAGUAAAGAGUUGUCUUUGUAAAAAGAGGUUGACAGUAUCCCUUUAAACCAUGAGCUCCAGGGCAUAAAAACUCCCUAGUUGUAGGGACACACUUCUGCCCUUGUUCAACAUACAUUUUGUUCUGAAGUCAGUGGGUGAUGUAUGCAUAUAGCUGAGAGUACAAAUUUUGAAGACAGUGGGUCAUAAUGAUAGUUCUCUAUUGUUUUCUCUUUGCUCAUUGAGAUACAAUUUAAGAAACAAUUUUAAAAGCCCCUCCAAGUAGUAUUUUCACUAUUUCAUUCUGAUGACUUUAAUCCUGAAGAUUGCUGUUGCAUUCAGCCAAAACAAUACUUUCACAUUUUAUAUUUAAGUGUUUUUUUCUGUAGAUAACUGUAAGUUCUUCUAGGAAGAAUGUAGCAGAGUGUUCUGAAUUAUCGAAUUCUUUUAUACAUACAGUAGUUUCUAGUAGUUCAAUAUGGUUUUCAAAGCUUUUUUUUUUUAGUUGUGCAAUAAUUGUUACAGCCUGGGGAGUUUGUUGUGGGGCAGGGGUUUUUUUUGAUUGGUUCAUUGGUUUAAUUUAAUUUUUUUUAGGGGGGGGGUUGAUUUAUUUUUUAAAGAUAAUUUAAUGCAGAUUUCCUGUUAAUGUCCAAGAGAGAAAUUAUUUAUCUUGCUUAAUGUAAUAAGUGAUUUAGGGAUAAUUUUAUUACUAUGUACCAGUGAGUUAAACACACUUUCUUAUUUAUAUGAAAAAAGCAUCUUUGUAAUUAAUUGUUUGCUAGCAGUAUGUUUUGCUGCAAGAAAUUGUUUAAGAAUGUG